AUGGCCUCCAAAGGGGCUGAACUGGGACUGGUUCUGGCCCUUUCUGCCAUGCUAUGGAUUACUGCCGCAGCUCAAUCAGGCUGCACAAGGGCCCUCAUGAGCUUGGCCCCAUGCCUCAAGUACGUCACAGCAAUUCGUCGACGCCAUCGUCAUCUUGCUGCACUCAGCUCAGCGGCGUUGUUCAGUCACAGCCUUGCUGCCUUUGUUCACUGCUCAACGGCGCAACCGCUUGUGGUUUGCAGACUCCGCCGGUUAGCCAAUAGCCAGUGCAACGCUGCUCCAAAUGCGCCCACGGCUUCAGCAAUUACUCCGGCGGAGUGGCAAUUUGAUCCAACUAUGCCAUCAGUAUCAGAUACUCCAUCGGCAGGUAUUCAAAGAGAGGUUGAAAAAAGAAGAAAGAAAUUGUACAUAUAA